AUGACCACAAUGUUCGCACGCAUCAUAGUUACCUGUACAGUAGCUACGAUGCUUAUAUGUGUGUAUAUUGUCGCUGAGUGUAAAGUCAUCAAGAACAACAAUGAAGUGGCGAUACAGUAUCUGCAGAAAUACGGUUUUUUUAACGAGACGAUGGAUACGUUUGCCACCAGUGAAGAUCAGCUGGUUCUUCGACACGCUAUCAAUCUCUUUCAAGAAUAUUACAGAUUACCUGUCACUGGUAAAGUGGACAACGCAACUCUAAGCCUGAUAAGUAAACCGCGAUGCGGUCUACGUGACAUAUUGAAUUUCGGAGAGGGCAAAGUUAUACCUAAGUGGCCGAAACGACACUUAACGUGGAAUUUUCACUUGGCCAACAGAGCGUUCUUGGAUACAACUCAGGCAGCGUUCGAUUUGUGGCAGACACAUUCGUCGCUAACGUUUGAACGUGCUGUUGAAAACCCAAAUAUUCUGAUAUCGUUGCGCAAAGGCCAUCAUAUGUUCCUCGAUCGUCGAAACGGUGAAUUGUGCUCGAGCGUUUUGGACGGUCCCGGCGGCACGUUGCCUCACGCGUUCUAUCCCAAUGGAGCGUCGAAUUUCACGUCGGAGGUUCACGUCGACAGGACGGAACAGUGGCAUAUAUAUCUCGAUGUGGGUCCACAAAACAAAUAUAAUUUGCUGUACGUGUUGACUCAUGAAAUCGGUCAUUCGUUAGGGUUAGAUCAUAGUCACGACGCUACGUCGAUAAUGUAUUCAUUCAUACCCGACAGUACUUUUCCUGUCACACUAAAUACCGAGGACAUUAUAAACAUACAAAAUCUGUACGGCGCUACGGAUACUGACGUGUUACCGAAAACGACUCCCAGACCGCCACCACCACCACCAUCACCACCACCACCAUCACCACCACCACAGCCAACACCAAGCGUUCCACCGGAUCUGUGCGCCUUGAAACGUGUUGAUGCGAUAUUACUGUUGGAACAACGAAUGUACGUAGCGUACGGAAAACACAUAUGGGUGAUUGACAUAGAUGGAAAGACCUACAGAGAACCUCUGCUGCUUUCACACUACAUGUCAUUCAUUCAUUCAAACUUCACGCGCAUUUCAGCCGCGUAUCAAACUCCAUCCGAUCACUUGAUUCUAUUCGUUGACGAUAGAAUCUAUAAAGUGAACUACCCAGACUUCACGCUAGUACCAACGUGGCCGAGAACUCUCAAAGACUUUGGAAUUCCUAUGGAUGCAAAAAUAGACGCUGCCGUGAACACUAACAAAGGAAAGUCUUACGUGUUAUACAAUAGAUAUAUACAAUAG